AUGAAGAGAACAGCUGCCGCGACCUCCCUGCUGCUCCUGGCGAGCUCAUCCGGGGCGUCCGCCUUCGUGCAGGGGACCACGGGACGGCAUCUCCCAUCGUCGGCGUCCACAAGGCUGCAGCGGCAGCACUGCUGUCCACUAAGGCGGGGAGGAGGAGACCAUCAGCGGAGGCGGCCUUGCGCAUGGGCCUACUGGACGACCUGCUCUCUUCCAAGGCAGACCCGGGACAAAACGAAGGAGUUUCGCGACAGGCUUUCGAAGGGUGAGGGUUUGGAUGACAUGAUAGAAGAGGCUUUUGCCGUGGUCCGAGAGGCUGCCUGGAGGGUACUGGAGCUACGCCACUACGACGUUCAGCUCAUGGGCGGGCUAGCCUUACACGAGGGGAAACUGGCCGAGAUGGCAACGGGGGAGGGGAAGACUCUCGUGGCGACGCUGCCCUGCUAUCUCAAUGCUCUCGCGGGAAAGGGCACCGUGUUGGUGGUGACCGCAAACGACUACCUCGCCAGGAGGGACGCCGAAACGAUGGGUCAGGUGCACCGAUUCCUAGGGCUCAGCGUGGGGCUGAUCCAAUCAACGAUGCCGGAGGCCCAGAGAAAGGAGGCGUACUCCUGUGACGUCACCUACGCCACCAACCAGGAGCUUGGGUUCGACUACCUUCGAGACCACCUGACGGUUACCCAAGACGGAACGGUGCAAACGAAGGACUUCUUCUUCUGUCUGGUGGACGAAGCCGACUCCAUCCUCAUCGACGAGGCACGAACGCCUCUCAUCAUUUCCAGGAGUGUCGACGCCCCCGCCCAGAAGUUCGCCACGUCCCAGAAGAUCGCCAGCGUGUUGGAGAAGGGUGUCCACUACACGGUGUCUGAGAAGGAGCAGUCGGUGGUCUUGACGGACAAGGGCUACGACGACUGCGACCGCAUCCUGGGCAAGUCCAUGUUCGACCCUAGGGACCCGUGGGCGCCUUUCAUCAUCAACUCCGUCAAGGCGAAAGAGAUAUUCACCCGGGACAAGGAGUACAUCGUCCGCGACACGGAAGUCCUCAUCGUGGACACGUUCAGCGGCAGAGUGCUAGAGGGACGGAGGUACAGCGACGGCCUUCACCAGUCCAUUGAGGCCAAGGAAGGGAUCACCGUAUCGAAGCAGAGCCAGGUGAUGGCGCAGGUCACCUACCAGGCGCUUUUCCGAAGCUUCCCCAAGCUGUGCGGCAUGACGGGUACCGCCAUGACCGAUGCCAACGAGCUUGGCACCACAUACGGCUUGCAAGUGGUUCAGGAGAGACUAUUCCCGGACGUCGUCUUCCGCAACCGUGAGGGCGCUAACGCGGCCAUGCUUAACGAGGUGGAGAGGCUGCACAAGGACGGCAGGCCGGUCCUGAUCGGAACCACGAACGUCGGCAUGUCGGACCAGACGGCGAAGACCCUUAACGCCAACCCCGACUUGGUGGAGCGAGAGAGCGAGAUCGUGGGGCAGGCUGGUCGGCUUGGAGUAGUGACGGUAGCGACUAACAUGGCCGGCAGGGGCACGGAUAUCUUGCUGGGAGGGAAUCCGUCGGUGAUGGCGAGGAUCAGGGUCAGGGACGCCCUGGCGGCUGAGUUGCUGAGCGAUGAAGACCUCGCGGCGGUGCCUAAGGUCGGAGAAACCUUUUUCCCCUGUGAACUCCCGGAAGAUGCAUCGUCGGCUCUGGAGAAGGCCAUCGCCGCCUGCAAGGGUGAUUCCGCGCUCUUCGCCUCCGACAACGACAGCAUCGACGCUGGGGAGCUGCUUUCGAGGGAGGCGCUAGAGGGCCUGGUGUCUGCGGCUUGCGAGGCGGGGCCUGUGGAGGGCGCCGGGGCCGUGGCUGUCAGGGAGGCGGCGACGGCGGUCAAGAAGAGCUUCGCCGAUGCCCUCAGCGAGGAAAAAGAAAAGGUGCUCGAGCUCGGCGGCCUUUACGUGGUGGGCACCGCAAGGCACGAGAGCCGUCGCGUAGACAACCAGCUAAGGGGGAGAGCCGGGAGGCAGGGGGACCCGGGGGCGACGCGGUUCUUCCUCUCUCUGGAUGACGACAUCUUCAGGGUUUUUGGAGGGGACCAGGUGACCAAGAUCAUGGACAGCUUCAGACUCAGCGACGACAUCCCGAUCGAAAACAAGCAGGUGUCCGCCACACUGGACAAGGUGCAGAUAGCCACCGAAGACUAUUUCGCAGGUAUCCGGAGGACGGUCUUCUCCUUCGACGAGGUGAUGAACGACCAGAGGCUUGCGCUUUACCGGGCCAGGGAUGACGUCAUCGACAAGGAGCGAGAAGAGCUGAGAGAGCUCGCGCUCGAGUACUCCGCCAAGACUUGCACGGAGAUAGUGCAAGGCAACUCCGCCAGCGACGGGACCCCCAAGGCGGUGCUGUCCGACAAGUUGAGGCAGUUCUUCCCACUGGGCGACGCCUCUGCCCUGUCAGCCGAGAGCCUGACUGCGGCCUACAGCAAGGGAGGAAAGGACGGGCUGCUGCAGCACGCCUUGGACCAGGCCGCGGCCGCCACCGAGAAGAAGCUGUCGGAUAUCGAGGCAGUAAGGGCUGGGCUGUCGAGCGAGUCUGCACGGUUCUUGACGCUGACCCAGAUGGACGACCUGUGGUGUCAGCACCUGGAGAACAUGAACCUCCUUAAGGAGAGCGUGUCGAUGGAGGUCUUCAGGGGACGGAACCCCCUGGAGGAGUUUGGGGCACAGGGCAAGGAGAUGUUCCUGGAUCUGCUGGACAACGUUCGGCGAAACACCGUCUAUUCGUUGCAGAUGUACAAUCCCAGCCCCAAGACAUCUGCGGCUGCUGGCGCCGAUAAAUAACGGAUACCAUGGUAGAUUUUUUUUAGGCCGAGAGAACGGAGGCAUUACCAUGGUACAACUCCGCAAACGUUUAGCCCUCUUCGCGGUACAUUCGCGUAGAAGAGUGGUCUCCACUGCUGCUGUUGUUGGUGUUCGUGGAACUUUGGCAAAACAGCAGUGCUAGCAGGCUGGUAGCCCAAGCGACACAACACUUUUAGUGUAAUCGAGGUAUUUGUUGCUGAUUGAAGGUAGCACCCGAAAGAAGCCGGAUGGGAGGCUGCAACGACGAAGCAUGCUGGGAUGUGGUCGUUCGGUUCAUCGAGUACUGCUGUAACGGCCUGCUUUUUUGCCGUACCGAAAGUAUACUUACAAACCAACACGGAUAGCCUAGAUGCAUGCUCCGGUCGACAAGACCCUGUUUGAAAGCAUGUGUCGAAGGUCUUGCGGUGGGUUGGGACUAAGUACAUACAUUCGAAGGCAUGUGUCGAAGGCUUUCCGGUGAGGGUUGGGGGGCACCCGCUGGAUGAUGGUGCUGGACUUGCUUGAAUCUGUUUCGCCGACAGAUGUCUGGGAGAGCAGGUUUUGUGGUGGCUAGCAAGGGGAGAAACGGCGGUGGGGGGGCGUCUUGCGCCAAGAGCUCGAAUUUUGCCGGGAGCGUUGACUGGAAACUGGCAACGUCGAGCAGGAACCAUUGCUUGCUGUCCUUUACCUGCAACCGCCGCUGGGGGAGGACUGUGACACCUACAGUAGUACCUACCUGUGUGUGGCGUGCUUAGAGAUCCCCCUCCUCGAGAUUUAGAUAAAGUAAACGUAGGUGGUGUACAAACUAGGUCCACUUAUGAGACACAGAGCCCCCCCAACUUGCAGCGUUGUGUAGGCAGUGCGAUCUGCCCUCUUUCCUGCUAUUUUCUAUUUUCCGUCUUGCGUUAUAGACAAUGAUGUGAGGUCUUCUCGAUUGAUGAACGAGUUACUUGUCAGCUUGAUAGUUUUCCUCAUCUGGCCCGUGGGUCGUUCCAGUAUUCAUGUACACCGGCAGCCAGGGGGGGAUGGUUGGGUCGACGGGGAUGCUGCGAGGACACACUUGAUCGACGACCUUGAACACGG